AUCAUUCUGAUCCUGCCAGUGUCUACCACAGCUUUUCUCUGACCUGUACUCACAUUACAGCCUGUGUUCCUCUGUGGCCAGGAAUACUUUCAUUUUAUUUCAGGCUCACUUUCAUUCACUGUUUCACCAUGCACCCAAGGAAGUGUGCCCACUGGGUGGGCCUCUCCCUAAUAUCUCUCUCCCUAGUGUGCAUCGUGGCCAAUGCCCUCCUAUUGGUGCCUGAUGGGAAGACCUGGAGCUCAGACCAACUCAGCUUGCAAGUCCUGCUCAUGCCUGGCUUCAUCGGCGGGGGAUUGAUGGUGCUGUGUCUGGGAAUUGCACUGGUUCUGGUAGCUGUUGACUAUGACUGUCCGGAGUGGUGUUUACCCGUCUGCUUUAUUGAGGGACUACUUGGUGCCAUCUACUGCCUCACCAUGUCAGCAGAAGGACUCAGAAUUGGACCCAAAUGCUCAAUAAAUGGCAAGUGGGACUAUCACUUCCAACGAGAUGAAUACUUGAGCCACCCUGAUGACUGGAAUAUCUGUGAGGAGCCAUCCAAUGUGGUGUCCUGGAAUGUGACAUUCUUCUCCUUGCUGGUGGUUGUCUCCAGCCUGGAGAUCCUCCUGAUUUUCAGCGGCUGUUGCUUCACUUGUAUUGCUGUUUCGGAUGAACCCAGAUCAAAUCCAUUUUAAAGUCAUAAAAAGUUAAUUUCUGUUUUACUAUAAAUUACUGCGAUUUCCAAACUUGUUUGGAAUUCCUGCCUGUGCCUUGAAUUCACCCAUGCCUGGCUUUCCCUGACCAGAUAACAACCCUCUCUAAGACCUUACUGGCACCUCAUAAAUCCUGGUUCCUCCUGACCAAAUAACAACAAUUCUGAUGUUGGUGUUAUGCUCGAAUUCGAGACCCCCAAAAAGACCACCAGAGACCAAGAUCAAUGUAAACAGCAAAGAGGUGUUUAUUGCAAGCUAACUCGGUCCUCUGUGCGCACACAGCAACUGGUGACGCUGAGAGGCCCCGAGCCCAGGGUUUGCAGCAGUUUUAUACAUUCUUUGGAGAAGGCAGGGACCGCCACAUACAUCAUAGUAUCUCUUAGCAAAUCAUCACACACCACGGGAAAAUCAAAUAACAACUCUAAAACAUGAGUAGCACAUUCACUGGUGGGAACAAGUUGGGUAGGGGUGAUUGGUUACUACAAGAGGGAAAUUCGUUUGAACUGAUUGGUUUAAGCCAAGGGGGUGUUCCUGCUGAACUACGUGGUUUCCCAACACCAUAAACUCCUGGGAGGGUCAUCUGGCAUCCCAAGUAUUUCCCUGUCUCAUGCUGAUUGGUGGCUGCUAGGGGGUUGCUAUGGGUCCUCACCUAGCCUGACUGAGUCAGGGACACCUGUCACAGCAGAUCUCUCCUGUUAUUUGUAGAUAAACAACUUAGCAGGGUGGGAAUGUGCCUAGGAGUGCUCUGUGGGUCUUUCCAAGGACAAAGGUCAUGCCCCUUCCUUGAACAUGCUUUGCCCUGAGGUAGAGGAUGGUUUUUCAUUGGGAUCUGAUUACUCCCUAUCUUGAACUAACAUGCCCUGUAGAUCAUUAACCUACUAUCUGCCUUUGUAAAUGCUUCUCAAAAUCGUGUUAGAUCUACGUUCUUAAGACACCCCCCUUUGCAACUUUUUGUGCUAUAAAACCUUAUUCCUGCAAAGCUGGGGGGCUAGUCUCUAGCCCACGUUAGAAGAGACAGCCAACACUUAUCAGCUCUUUUUGUGUACACAAAUACAAGCUUGUUUUAAUUGGAUUUAAAAUUGGAGUUGGUGGUCUUUUGUUUGCAUCAGGGUUUAACAGUUUGAAUAAUCAUAACAGUGCUCCACUUCUCCAUUUUAUUAAAACUCUCCUUGUUCUGAGGCUUAUUUUUGAAAGCAAAAAAAAAAUUUUUUUUUCCUUUUCUCCCUCCUUCCUCCCUAACCUGGGGUCAGGGAACAAGAUUACCCUGAGUUAUCUGUGCUCCACAAGAAGAGGAUCUAGGAAAUGAAUAGCUCCAGGGCACACCUGGAAAGUAGCCUUUUGUCAGGUUGGUGGUGGUGACUUAGAACAAAGCAGCCCUCAAGGGGAAAGAAACAUCAAUCAGGCACCAACAGAAAUGCUAUUCAAUCAACAGGAUCUCCUGACUAAUGCCUGUCAAUCAUCAGGACCCCCUGGCCAAUCCUGAAGUUUAGCCAAGCUCCCCGACCAACUCUAGCAGGACAAGGGACUCCAAAAACACCUUUUCCUGUCCCAAGCCGUUCCCUUCCUGCAUGAGCCCCAUAAAACCCCAGUCCCAUCCAGUGAUAUACUUAGCCUAGUUCUCUCUUUAGAUCAGAAGCCAGAUUGUCACAAGUUAUGAAGGAUUCAUUUCUGUUUUCUGUAAAAAUAUUAGGAUGUCUGUAUGGCCUGGCCAUUAGUUGAUGUUGUAAAGCUAAUUGGAAUGCCUGCCCAUGCCCUGAACUCACCCAAGCCCGGUUUUCCCUGAUCAGAUAACAACCCUUUCCUAAACCUUAGUGACAUCUCAUGAAUUCUGGCCUUCCCUGGCCAGAUAACGACCCUCUCUGAGUCUCUAACACCUCCAUAAAUUCUGAUGUAGGGGCCAGCAAAAAUGUAAACUUGUGUUAUGCUCCUCAGUGUUUUGUUAUCUGUAAUCCUCCUUUGUGUAACAUUUUGGGCUAUAAAACUGGGCUGCAAGGAAGCUUCUGGGCUGUCCUUGGCUCCCAUGAUUUUGAUGGGAAAGGCAGGCUGGCAGGUCGAAAUAAUAAGCUUGCUUUAAUUUCAUUUUAAUUGGAGUCACUGGUGUUUUCUUGUGACGUGAUCUAACACCAGCUCCCAUGUGGUUUCUCAGACUCUUCUCCUGUCAACUGUGUGGGUCUGAUUGAGUUCUGCCCAGGAAAGAUAUCAAAAUAAAGCCUCAUGGAGGGGGGAGAGUUGUGGCUCAGUGGCAGAGCACUUGCCUGGCAUGUGUGAGGCACAGAGUUUGAUCCUCAGCACCACCGCAUAUAAAUAAAUAAAAAAUAAAGAUACAUCAACAACUUAAAAUAUUUUAAAAAUAAUAUAAAAUAAAACAAAAUAAAGCCUCAUUUGGCAGCCUUUUUAAGUCUGCCUCCUCUGGUCUCUGCCCGCCUUUGCCUGAUCUUACAACUUUGAAAACCUUUUUUAAAAGCCCUCUGUUUCCCUAUGGGCAGAACCCAGCCUCUGGGA